UCACGACCACGGCCAAUCAGAUCCUCUGUCAAAUCUCGAGCCAGACGGCAUAUGUAGAAAAUGAUUGAAUGCCUGACUGAAAGUAUUCUUUUGACGGGGAACCAAAAAAAUAAAAUAAAAUAAUUUUACAUCGAAGGAGGCGAAAAUAUUGCUGAAACAUUAUAUAAAGUAAAAAAUGAGCAGUAAUUUGCUUUAAGGUGCAUUUUAACCAGUUUUUUUUUACUUGAUUACGUACAGGCAAUCUUAUGUCCUCUCUGUUUUUCAAUAGGACCAUUCGUUUGAUUUCUCGAGCGUUUUGAAAUAAUAAUGAUCGUAAAUAAAAACCCAAACAAACGUUUUUGGGUUUUUUUUUUUUUUUUUUUGGUGACAUUGAGUUAAUAUUCUGUCAUUUUUAAUUAUUGAGAACAUCCUUAAAGAGCUGGUCAAUGGCACGGGAGAUGGAAAACUUCUUCGGUGUUUACAUGCUACACUGCCUCAAUCCCAAAUUUAAAGGGCGAAUAUACGUCGGCUUCACCGUGAAUCCCGAACGCAGGAUUCGGCAACACAAUGCCGGGCGGCACAAAGGAGGUGCGAAGAGGACCAGCGGGAGAGGGCCAUGGGAGAUGGUGCUCAUCAUACACGGCUUUCCUUCCGACAUUGCUGCGUUGACAUUUGAGUGGGCGUGGCAGAACCCCCACUCGUCCCGGCGUCUGGCCCACGUCGCCCGCCGCGCCCGGAAGGAGUCCAGCCUGCAGUUCCACUGGCGCGUGGUCUCCAACAUGCUGCGCGUGGCCCCGUGGAGCAGGCUCCCGCUGACGGCCCGCUGGCUCAAGCCGGAGUACGGGGUGGCCUUCGAGCCCGGCCUGCGGCCCCCGCUUCACGUCGCCGUCGCCUUCGGGGGGGUCAAAGUCAAGAAACGGCGGCCGGUAGACGAGUCUGAAGACGCAGACAAGACUACUCGGUGUUUUCUCUGCAUGGGCCCGGUCAGAGCUUUGGACGAGCUCCGUUGCGUCCACGCGUCGUGCGCAAUGCGCAGCCACGUGAUCUGCCUGGCCGAGCGCUUCCUGCGGCCCGAGCCGUCGCACCUCCUGCCCGUGGCGGGCCGGUGCCCGCUCUGCUUUCGCUCCAUGCUGUGGGGGAGCCUCAUCCGCCGCAAGCGAGGCUGCGCCGGCGACUCGGAGGAGCCGACGCCGCCUGAAUCCUGGCAACUACUGGCCAAAGGAACUGCAGACAUGAACGAAAGGGUCUCCCUCCUCACCGUUUGCAACACAUAAAUUGCACUUAUUAGCGCUCUCAGAUUAUGAAUUAUCUUUGUCCAAGCAUGUUUAUUUGUUGUCAGUGCUGUUUACAACCCAAUAAAGUCUGCUUUAUUUUA